CUGAGCAUCAUGGAGGGCAUCUCGCUGGGAAAGAAGUGUGUUAUAAAGAUUUUCAAUUUCUUUUUGUAGUUGUAAUACGUAAAUAUUACCCUUCAAGUUUGAUUUUGAAAUUUUCAAUAGUAAUGGCGAAUCCUGAAGAAGAAGUUGUGCAAGUCGACGGACCGGCUUUUCCCAUGUUAUUUGAAGAUGACGACGAAAUGGAAACCUUGGCCAUAGAUUCGUGGUUGAAUGACGAUGAUGGACCACUGGUUUUUCAUCGAGUGAAUUCUAAAGAAAUAAUUUAUCAGGCGAGAAAAAAGAAAGCUAAAAUGAUAGGAAAAUAUGUAAUGGGAGAUGUUUUAGGUGAAGGAUCUUAUGGAAAAGUGAAAGAAAUGUUGGACUCGGAAACGCUUUGUCGCCGAGCAGUUAAAAUUUUGAAAAAAAGAAAACUUCGAAAAAUUCCAAAUGGCGAGCAAAAUGUUCAGAGAGAAAUCCAACUAUUGAGAAGACUGAAUCAUAAAAAUGUGAUUAAGCUUGUGGAUGUGUUGUACAAUGAAGAGAAACAGAAAAUGUACAUGAUAAUGGAGUACUGUGUAUCAGUUCUACAGGAACUGUUGGAGAGAUGUCCACAAAAGAAGUUCCCCAUCUGGCAAGCUCACGGGUAUUUCUGUCAGCUAUUAGAUGGUUUGGAGUACUUACACAGUCAAGGGAUAAUUCACAAAGACAUUAAACCAGGAAACCUGCUGUUGACAACUUGUGGAACUUUAAAAAUAUCUGACCUUGGAGUUGCCGAGGCUUUAGAUAGGUUUGCCAAAGAUGAUACGUGCCAUACUAGCCAAGGUUCACCAGCAUUUCAACCUCCAGAAAUAGCCAAUGGUCUGGAGUGUUUCUCAGGAUUUAAAGUGGAUGUUUGGUCCUCUGGUGUAACUCUAUUCAAUAUUACAACAGGAAAGUACCCAUUUGAAGGAGACAACAUUUAUAAGUUAUUUGAAAAUAUAGGUAAAGGAGAAUUUACAAUACCAGAUGACAUAGAUCAGCUAUUACAGGGAUUAUUACAAGGUAUGCUACAGAAGGAUCCUCAAGAGAGGCUGGCUAUUAAACAGAUAAGACAACAUGAUUGGGUGAGGAAGAAGCAUCCUCGAAUCACACAGGAAGUGUGUAUUCCUCAGCGUGCAAAUGGAGAUGAAUUUCGAAGUAUGUCAGUCAUUCCCUACCUUCAGGACUUACACUAUGGACCCGAUGAAGGUGAUGAAGCUUCUGAGGAAUACAUCACAGAACAUGAUCUUCAAGAAAUGCGUCAGAUGGAUGCUUCAUCUUCCAAGAAACGGAACAAGAAACCUAAACGGAAGCUUCCUAGUUGUAUAAGUGUUAAAAGGUUCAGUUCAUGUAAGCAGUCUUGACAACAAGAAAGUUGUUCGGAGAUUUCCCUUACAAUUACUCAAAAGCAGCUGCUCUUAAGAUUUAAGAGAGCAUCUCGAACUGCAGGCCACCAAGCUCAUUUGGUGCAAUCAGGCAUCAUGGCUGUGGAGAAAGUCAGUUUGGAUAAUUUUGGACAUAAUCGUCCUGAAUGUACUGUUUACAAUAAUUUGUUUAUUCCUAACUUUGAAUAUUCCUUAACAAAUACGGGAAGAAUGUGUAUCAAAAAUAAGAGUUUUUCAACACAUUAAGAAAAAUCAGCUUAUUUGUUAGUUGUAAUAGUUCGAAAACAUUUUCUAUUAAAGACAGUCUCCUCAAUAUUUAGUUUUUAACUAAACAUUUGUUUAUAGAAAGAAAGUACAUUAACAUAAAUUGAAACCCCAUUAAGUGUUAGUUAAUAAAUAUAUUAUUACAGUUUUUGUUGUUAGUAUUUAACCAUAACUCCCAGGGAACUGAUGAAAGAAAAACUGAUCACUUAUCCAAGAUGAUGCUUGUUUGGAUUAUGUUUUAACAGGCUGAGGGUUUUUGAUAAUUAAAUGUAAUCAUUUUACUUGUUUUGUUUUACAACUUUAGUAUUUGAAACCUUAGAGUUAACAGAUUAGACCUAAUCUGUUUUUAAAUAACCACAUAUCAUACCCGUUCUAUGUAAUUUCUGUCUUGUUUAAUAAUGUCUGAAUUUAAAGUGUUUGAGAGUACCAGGAAAAAUGUCCCAGUGAUUAUUUGAUUACUACAGUUUAAUUAACUAUAAACUUUAUUCAAUGAAAAGAUCAUAGUUUAUGCAUUUACAACAUCUAUAUUUAAUUUAAAGUCAAACAGUAUAACUUCACCGGUAAAUGAGUAGUUUUAUAAUCCUUGGUUAGGAAUCCGUGUGAAAGAAGGUAUUAUAGGUAACAUAUUCAAACAAUCUGGUUAUUGAGAAAAUAGUGCGUGACUUGCUACACCUUAUUUUGAACAAAAACCUAUUUGAUUCAUCAAAGUUACCAAAAUAAUGUUUGUUACUAUUGAUUAUACCUUAAAGUGACAUGUUCUACUUGUUGUUUUUAAGAUGUUUUCGUAUAAAUUGUAUAGAAAAGUAAAUCUUUGAGUUCACCACUGGUCUGUUGUGAUGAAAUCUGUAACACACGUAAAAUAUGUCUUAAUACAGGGAUUAUUUUACCUGAAUGUCUGAAAGAGCAAUAUUUUAGUCUGCUUUUAGAGUUCUUUCAUAGACUUAGUAAAUGGAUGUUUGGUCCUGAUUCUUUGACUAAUUAAACUGAAUCAAAUAAAUUAGACUUGCAGAAGAGAACUUCAGAGCUUCUAGACAUUUCUUUUAUAGGCAGUAGGGGUAGGUUGUGAUUUUGUUUAUAGGGAGAAAGUAACUUGUGAAUCUAGAAGAUGAGCUUUAAAACAUUAUUAGCAGAUUACAUAUACAUUCAUGCCAUUUCUAAGUUUGCCAAAGAAAAAAAAAAGUGUGUGUGUUGAGUUCUUACAAACUCUGCAUACUUCUGAACUGAUAAUCACAUCAUUCAUGAUGUUUAAGCAACUAGAGAACAUCUGUUUUCAUUCCACUGUUUUGUAACAUUUGAAAAUUUUUAUUAGCUUGCGGUGUUUGUUUAUGGUUUUUUUGUGUCAGUCUCUUGUUCGAGAGGGACCAAUAGAUACACAUGUUCUUUUGUUGUGUUUUUGCUUUUUGUGUGUAAUAAGGAUAAUAUUUUGUGAAGUAAUUUUUAUAUUUCUUGUUCCAGAUGCUAUUUGGAUUAGUGUAUAGAGCAUCCAAAUUUCAUUGUAUUGAACAGGUGUUCAGUUCCAGCAUAACUGUAACUAAUUUCUUUUACUUUCAAUCCAAGCUACGUCACAACAAGAAGUAAAAAUUUAAUUUUUAUUUCUCUCCUUUUUUGUUUUCUUUAUUUUUCCAUAACAAUCAUUGUGAAAGUUAUAUUUGCAGAGGAUUUUGAAUAAGUAAUUAGUUAAUUAUAAAUUAUAGGUUUCAGCAUUAUAUAUUUGUUUUGUUAAAAUACUACUGUGGUACAAAUGUUAGUGGUGCUUUGCUUUGUAGGAUAUUUAAGAGACAGAGUUACAUUAAGAGUUGCUUUUAAAUUUGUUUCAAUGUAGAUUUAUGUAAAAUAAUUGGGCCUACUUAAGUCACUGUUACUAUUUGUUAUCAUUAUUUUAAAUGAGUGAAUAUUUUGCUUUAAAUUUGACAAUUUCUAAAACUGUGAACUGCAACUUUUUUUGGGGGGGAGAUAAGAAUUUUGAAUUUAAGAAUAACAGUAUGUAAGCAUUUAAUACGUGUUGCUAUAAUGUAAAUAGCUUGAGCUUAUGAUGUGUAUCCGAAGUGUACUACAGUUUACCCGGUAAUAGCUUUAUGGGAGAAUAGAAAAUGUGAACUCAUUGUCUUGAACACAGUUUUUUGUUUUAUCAAACCGGUGGAAAAAUAUAUAUUGUUUCUUUUCAUUUUUUUUAAGUUAAUGGAAUAUGUAUUAAAAUUGUGUUUAUCUUUUUAAAGAUGAUAACAUCAUUCAUUGCAUAAGAUAUAAGCCUCUCCCACACUUUCUUCAAAUUGAUACAAGAAAUCACAAAAUGUAUAUUUGAAAAGUGACAGUUAGACGUAUUGUAAGGGUGUAGUAUAAGUAGUCCAUCACAAGUUGAUGAAUCCUGUGCCCGAAAAUUCACACAUUCAUAGAUUUCUGAUUGAAAGGAGUAUGCUUAGUUCUGAAGGUUGCUGCAAUUAUUAUUGGUGUUUAAGAGUUAGAAUAUAAUAAAGUAUUGAACAAGAUGGCCAGUCCAAGACUAACAGGUUGGUACUAGGCUACAAGUGAGUGUUAGGCUAAAGAAGAGCAUGCAUCAACACUGUAUGACAAUUUUUUCAUUGUAUGAUUCAGAUUUUAAAAAUGGCUCACUCCUCAUGUACCUGUGCCUUUAACUGAAAGUUGGUUAAAUUUGUUGAAAAGAUAGCAGUUUGUAGAAUUUACGUGGAACUUUGGGUGGUAUUUAAAAAACACAUGGGUGGUCCAAAAGAAAUCAUCUGACAAAGUUUCCAUUACCAAUUGACACGUCACCAAACACAAGUGGCUAUGAAAGGAUAUUUAAGAAUCUACUUAAAAUCACUAACUAAACUGUUCAUGUCCUUCUUGAAUUUAGGCUCAUCCUUUACAGAAAAGGAUUUUCAUGAGUUGAUAGCAUUUGUAUAUAGAAUUGAAAAUUAAUGAUUUUUUUUUUGUUUUUGUAAAGAUGUGUUAAAGAUUUAGAGAAGCUCAACCCUGGGCUUUUAAGUACAAACAACCUUGCUAGUACCAAAGUGUAUAACAUUCUCUUUUAUGUAUACAUUUUCCUAGCUGUUUGCUCAGCCCAGAUUUCACAUUAAAACAGUAGACACUGAAGAGUUCGAAUGUUUUUUUUACUCACUAACACACACCCAUGUAUUAACUAGUGAUAUUUGUAAGAUAAGUUUUUGUUUCAAAGUGUUUUGAUAUUAUGAAAUUUGAAAACUAGAACCAUUGGUUAAUGAAAAGUAACAAAUUUUGAAAAAGUGAAAGGAGUUCCUUGGCAGGUUGUGUAAAAUUUGUAUAGUAUUUAGGCUUGAUUUAAAGCUGCUAUCAUGUCCCCAAUUAUUUGCAAAGAAAGUGUUUUGUUGUAAUGUAGUAGAUAGUACUCAUUAUAUAACAUUGCAGAUUAAAAGCAAGUAUUUACUGUGUUAUCAUUUGGUGAUGCCCCUAUAUUUCUUUGUAUAAAACAAGAAAAUAUGAGUUUCGUUGUGUUUUAUCCACAACAGGUGAAGAAAGACAUUUUAAAGGUGAAAGCAGUGAUAUCCUCUCUUUAAAAGUAUAUAUUAGGAGGGUGGGAGUAUUUUUUGUUAAUGUAUAACAGAUUUAGAAUGAACAUAUGGGGACAUAUCUUCAGCUUUGAAUCAUGUCUAAACUCUUGUUAUGGUUGUUGUUCUUGUUAUUCAAACAGUUUGUAUGUACAGAUACAAUAUAUGAUCCCAUUACUGUUACCUGAUUUGGGAAGUGGCCAUUAUCUUAUGUGUAAACAUAAAUCUGACUAGUAUUAGAAAAACCCAUUAUCUUGUUGUUAAAACUUUGAUAAUUGAGUAACUAGAUACCACAGAAUAAAAUGUAUUGAAAUGAAUGUUAAGGAUAUGGAAAUUUUCAUUCUUAAACAGAUUUGGAUCAUUUGGUAGUGUACAAGUUUAACCUCUUGAUAAGAAAAGGCUUAUUGAUCAUCCAGCUGAUAGAACAGUGCAUUUUAAUCUUUAUAAGUAGAGAUGUAAGAAAAAACAUUUAAUUAGCUAUAUUGAUGGCCAGGUUUAUUUUGAGUUUUGCUUUAAAUACAUAGCUUACUUGGAUUGGAUUAUUAUCAUCACAGUUAAGUAAGUAUGAACUCUGCUUUUUUUACUUGAACAUUUGUAUUCUUAUUAUCAAGCUGAAGAAAAAAAUGAAUGUACAGAAAGGUUAAAGUUUAUUAGAGAAAGUAUAAGAAGACAUACAUAAAGGUUAAAGUUGAUUGGAGAGAGUAUAGGAAGAUGUACAUAAAGGUUAAAGUUUAUUAGAGAAAGUAUAAGAAGACAUACAUAAAGGUUAAAGUGUAUUGGAGAGAGUAUAGGAAGAUGUACAUAAAGGUUAAAGUUUACUUGUGAAAGUAUAGGAAGAUAUAUGUAAAGGUUAAAGUUUACUUGUGAAAGUAUAGGAAGACAUAUGUAAAGGUUAAAGUUUACUUGUGAAAGUAUAGGAAGAUAUACAUAAAGGUUAAAGUUUAGUUGUGAAAGUAUAGGAAGAUAUAUGUAAAGGUUAAAGUUUACUUGUGAAAGUAUAGGAAGACAUAUGUAAAGGUUAAAGUUUACUUGUGAAAGUAUAGGAAGACAUACAUAAAGGUUAAAGUUUACUUGUGAAAGUAUAGGAAGACAUACAUAAAGGUUAAAGUUUACUUGUGAAAGUAUAGGAAGACAUACAUAAUGGUUAUAGUUUACUUGUGAAAGUAUAGGAAGACAUACAUAAAGGUUAAAGUUUAUUGGAGAAAGUAUAGGAAGAUGUACAUAAAGGUUAAAGUUUAUUGGAGAAAGUAUAGGAAGACAUACAUAAAGGUUAAAGUUUAUUGGAGAAAGUAUAGGAAGAUGUACAUAAAGGUUAAAGUUUAUUGGAGAAAGUAUAGGAAGAUGUACAUAAAGGUUAAAGUGUAUUGGAGAGAGUAUAGGAAGACAUACAUAAAGGUUAAAGUUUAUUAGAGAAAGUAUAGGAAGAUGUACAUAAAGGUUAAAGUUUAUUAGAGAAAGUAUAGGAAGACAUGUAAUGAUUAUUUUUUAUAUCUAUAAAUUACAGGUUAUGUUCAUCCACUCAUCUCUUCUUGAAGGAAAUAAGACUUACAUUUUGUUAUUGUUAGACUAUAUUAUAGUAUUAUACUAUCUGUAGAGUGUCUGUCCUUCUGUGAAAAAUAUAUGACUUGGUGGUAUCAUUUUCUUUGUUAUUAAUCAGUGAUUUUGAUAAAUUACUUAGCUACGUUAUUGCAAGGGUAUUUUGAUGAAAGUGUCUUUCUAGUUAAUAUAGUAUGUGUGUUAAAGUAACUAAAGCAUAGUGGCAGGAAUUUCACGUAUAUUUCUUAAAGAUAAGUGAUCACAUCAGUAUAAUAACAACAACAAAAAAGCUGCCAUAACUAUUUAGAGCCAAUAUAAAUAAAAGAACAUAACAUUGGUCAUGUUUAGUGAGUUGAAGAAAGUUAACAAACUUCAAUAACAAAGAAGCAGCUCUAUUUUCUAGAAACUAGUUUUUUGUGUGGUUUAUUUUAUGUUUGAAAGUCAGUAGUGCCACCUUCAUAGUUAGUUUAUUCAUGAUGAAUCAUAUAACUAGCAGUUAAACUUGAUGUAUAUUUCAUUUGUUUCUAGUUGGAAACCAAACCACCCAUUUAACAAUGUUUUUGGUGCUUUCAGUAUUUUUAGAAAUAUCUUUUACUUGAAGUUGGUUUGUGACUAAAUAUAAAUUUUUUUCUAAAUUUAUAGAAAUUGGUGAAAUCAGUAUAUUUAGAUAUUUCUGUAAAAUAAUUUACAGUUCAGUCUUCAUAAGUUAUUUAAGCAGCAUGUUUUAGUUGUUCUUCUAGACAUCAGGUGUAAAAAAGGUGUUGGUCAUUUUUGUUGAAAGUUGAGAAACAGUCAUUUGGCAGAUUUGGGGCAUGUGAGAAUAAUCAAGGUUGUGUUCAGUGUUUUGACAACUGUGAAAGAUAGCUAAGGUAUUGGUCACUUGUUGAUAGUUGUAAAAAAAAUAUGAUGGUCACUUACAUUGAUAGUUGUGAAACAGUCAAACUGGUCUUCAGGCUCGCUGGUAGUUGUGAAAACAGUCAAGAUGAUGAUAAUGGUCACUUACGUUGAUAGUUGUGAAACAGUCAAACUGGUCUUCAGGCUUGUUGGUAGUUGUGAAAACAGUCAAGAUGAUGAUAAUGGUCACUUACGUUGAUAGUUGUGAAACAGUCAAACUGGUCUUCAGGCUUUCUGGUAGUUGUGAAAACAGUCAAGACGAUGAUAAUUCUUGUUGACAGUUGUAAAAUUUUCUGUCAAAACGAUGGUAAUUUUGGAUGACAGUUAAACAAGCAUUAUUCAAAGUGAUGGUCAUGUUUGUUUGCAGUUGUAAAACCAGAUAAUUAAGAUGAUGGGUACUUUUAUCGACAUUUAUAGAAUCAGUGAGUUAUGAUGAUGGUCAUGUUUGUUUGCAGUUGAAAAACCAGUUCUUUAAGAUGAUAGGUACUUUUAUUGACAUUUAUAGAAUCAGUCAGUUAUGAUGAUGGUCAUGUUUUUUUGCAGUUGAAAAACCAGUCAAUUAAGAUGAUGAUCACUUUUAUUGACAUAUAUAGAAUCAGUCAGUUAUGAUGAUGGUCAUGUAUGUUUGCAGUUGAAAAACCAGUCAAUUAAGAUGAUGGGUACCUUUAUUAACAUUUAUAGAAUCAGUCAGUUAAGAUGAUGGUCAUGUUUGUUUGCAGUUGAAAAACCAGUCAAUUAAGAUUAUGUUCACUUUUGCUGACAAUUGGGAAAACGAUCAUCGUUUUCUUGUCUGUACUUGAUACUUGGAAGCUGAAACUUUGGCAGCCAUAGCAACAAUUAUAUCUUCAAAUUUUAUUUAUAACCUCAAGUGUUUUGUGUUUUAAACUUAUUCUAUAGAAAUAUUUUAUUUCUUUUUUACAUUUUUCAAUCCAGAAGUGUACAUGUGAGUAUUGAGGCCAUCUUUCUAAAUCAAGGUCACGGGUAAUGGAAUUGGGAUCAGGUGUACAUAAUUAAGUAUAUUAAUUUUUGUAUGUCUCUAUGGUUGAAAUUUAAACCAACCACACGCUCCAUUUUGAGGGUUUGUCCCUCAGUAUGUCCACCUUCCAUAUAGUCAUGCAUAUCCUUUUGUCUGCUUUGUUAGAUUGGUCACGUGUAUUUCCUUUUCUUUUUAACCGAUGCAAGGUGUUCAACAAUAAUAAAUUAUUUUUCGUGGGA